AUGCGGGAGGUGCUCACGGGGCUUCUCGGCACGUGCACGGCAGCCCUGGAGAAGCUGCCUCGCUCUCCUCCUGCCUGUGGCACAUCUCUGCUCGCGUCGCUGCCUGGGAGAAGAUGCGGUGGCUCGUCGCUGUCAGACCGCUCCACCUGGGGCUUGGCCCUGCUCCUGAAGCGGGGCUUGAAGAAGAGUGGCUGGGGCGCGCCCGACUCCUGGCACUUGUCUCUGCUGCUGUCCCGUCCCGCGCUGCCCACCAGAGUGGCCAGACCCCGUAACCCCUCCUGUGCUCUCCUUCCCGCAGUGUGCAAGUACGUGGCGGUGGAGCUGAAGUCCGCUUUCGAGGAGACCGGCAAGACCAAGGAGGUGAUCGACACCAAGUACGGCUUCCUGGACGGGAAGGGCUCUGCUGUCAAGUACACGCAGUCGUAAGUGAGAGCGGGACCUGUGGUCUCCUGCCUGCGGCCUGCAGAGCCGGGGGCUUCGGGAGCCUCUCUGCUCCCCCAGGGCAUGUCGGAGACGUUCGAGACCCUGCACAACCUGGUGCACAAGGGCGUCAAGGUGGUGAUGGACAUCCCCUACGAGCUGUGGAACGAGACCUCCGCCGAGGUGGCUGACCUCAAAAAGCAGGUACCCGGCCUGCUGGGCUUGGCCACCGUGGCCUUGUGGGGCAUGUCGGAGACGUUCGAGACCCUGCACAACCUGGUGCACAAGGGCGUCAAGGUGGUGAUGGACAUCCCCUACGAGCUGUGGAACGAGACCUCCGCCGAGGUGGCUGACCUCAAAAAGCAGGUACCCGGCCUGCUGGUCAUCGAGGAGGCCAACUGGCUGACACUGGAGAAGGACCUGGAGAAGCCAGGGGACGGGUUUGAUGCAGUCAUCUGCCUGGGCAACUCCUUCGCGCACCUGCCGGACUUCAAAGGUGAGGUGGGGGGGCCUGAGAUACGUGUGCACAGGGUCUGCCAGCAGGCUGAGAACAUGCCCUAA